GGCUUCGUUAAAAUAGGCCCAUUCUCAGAGUGACCCCCACCUAGUCCGUCCCACUGUGGAGGUUGGAGGAGGGAGGGAUGGCGCUGGAUUGGGUGAUUGAAGAGGGCGGCCUUUCCCCACCGCCGGCGCCCCCUGCUUUCCUAGUUGCGGUACCGGGCCAUGCUGCAGGGUUCUCGCCGCCUCGUCAGUUGCCUGUGGGGCCCCAGAUCACUCACAGCAGGAAUUCAGAAAAAUACUGUCUGCAAGAUGGACAGCCUAGCAAUGAAUCACGUGGUAAAUUAUAUCAUCAAGUCUCCUGAGGACAAACGAGAGUACAGAGGCCUUGAGCUAGCAAAUGGAAUUAAAGCAAUCCUUAUUAGUGACCCCACUACGGAUAAAUCUUCAGCGGCUCUGGAUGUUCACAUUGGAUCACUCUCAGACCCAAAUAACAUCUCUGGUCUUGCCCAUUUUUGUGAGCACAUGCUGUUCUUGGGAACAAAGAAGUACCCGAAGGAAAACGAAUACAGCCAAUUCCUCAGCGAGCAUGCUGGGAGCUCCAAUGCGUUCACUAGCGGUGAACAUACAAACUACUAUUUUGAUGUGUCACAUGAGCAUCUGGAAGGAGCGCUGGACAGGUUUGCUCAGUUUUUCCUGUGCCCACUGUUUGAUGAGAGCUGUAAAGACCGAGAGGUGAAUGCCGUGGAUUCUGAGCAUGAGAAGAAUCUAAUGAAUGACGCGUGGCGGCUCUUUCAGCUGGAAAAGGCCACUGGGAAUCCAAAUCACCCUUUCAGCAAAUUUGGAACAGGCAACAAACUAACCCUUGAAACGAGGCCAACAAAAGAGGGAAUUGACAUCAGACAAGAGCUGCUGAAAUUCCACUCCACUUACUAUUCCUCUAAUCUGAUGUGCCUGUGUGUCCUUGGGCGAGAAUCACUUGAUGAAAUGACUGAAUUGAUAGUGAAACUGUUUGCAGAGGUGGAAAACAAAAAUGUGCCUCUUCCAGAAUUUCCUGACAAUCCCUUCCAGGAGGAACAUCUCCGGAAAAUGUACAAGAUUGUGCCUGUAAAAGAUAUAAGGAAUCUAUAUGUUACAUUCCCAAUACCUGACCUCCAGAAAUAUUACAAGUCCAACCCAGGCCAUUACCUCGGGCAUCUCAUUGGACACGAAGGUCCUGGGAGCCUCUUGUCUGAACUGAAGUCUAAAGGCUGGGUUAAUACCCUGGUUGGAGGUCAGAAAGAAGGUGCAAAGGGGUUUAUGUUUUUCAUCAUUAAUGUGGAUCUGACUGAAGAAGGUUUAUUGCACGUCGAUGACAUCAUAUUCCACAUGUUUCAAUACAUCCAGAAACUGCGCACAGAAGGUCCACAGGAAUGGGUGUUCCAGGAGUGCAAGGAUCUGAAUGCUGUAGCUUUUCGGUUCAAGGACAAAGAGCGACCUCGUGGGUAUACGUCAAAGGUGGCAGGAUUGCUGCAUUAUUACCCCCUAGAAGAGGUUCUAGCAGCGGAGUAUUUACUGGAAGAAUUCAGACCAGAUUUAAUAGAAAUGGUUCUAGAAAAACUCCGACCUGAAAAUGUCCGAGUGGCAGUAGUUUCCAAAUCAUUUGAAGGCCAGACUGAUCAAACUGAGGAAUGGUAUGGAACACAGUACAAGCAAGAAGACAUCCCAGAAGAGGCAAUUGAGAAAUGGCAAAAAGCAGACCUCAAUGGGAAAUUCAAACUACCAAUGAAGAAUGAAUUCAUCCCAACCAAUUUUGAGAUUCUACCUUUGGAAAAGGAUGCAACUCCUUAUCCUGCACUGAUUAAGGACACUGCGAUGAGCAAGGUUUGGUUCAAACAAGAUGACAAAUUCUUCCUUCCCAAAGCGUGCCUCAACUUUGAAUUUUUCAGUCGAUACCUUUAUGCUGACCCUCUCCAUUGCAACAUGACCUAUCUCUUUCUAAGGUUAUUGAAGGAUGAUUUAAAAGAGUAUACAUAUGCAGCGCGCCUUUCAGGUUUGACCUAUGGCAUUGCCUCUGGAAUGAAUGCAAUCCUUCUUUCCGUAAAAGGUUAUAAUGACAAACAACGUAUCUUGCUAAGGAAGAUCAUUGAGAAAAUGGCCACGUUUGAAAUUGAUGAGAAACGAUUUGAGAUCAUUAAAGAAGCGUACAUGCGUUCGCUCAAUAAUUUCCGUGCAGAGCAACCUCAUCAACACGCAAUGUAUUACCUCCGACUGCUGAUGACUGAAGUCGCUUGGACCAAAGAUGAACUUAAAGAGGCUCUAGAGGAUGUGACCCUACCCCGCCUGAAAGCCUUCAUCCCCCAGCUGUUGUCACGGUUACAUGUGGAAGCACUGCUACACGGCAAUAUCACAAAACAGACUGCGCUGGGCAUCAUGCAAACGCUGGAGGACACCCUAAUUGAGCACGCUCACACAAAGCCCCUACUCCCGAGUCAGCUGGUCAGAUACAGAGAAGUACAGCUACCUGACCAAGGCUGGUUUGUGUAUCAGCAGAGGAACGAAGUGCACAAUAACUGCGGCAUAGAAAUCUAUUAUCAGACAGACAUGCAGAGUACGUCUGAGAACAUGCUCCUGGAACUCUUCUGUCAGAUUAUUUCUGAACCAUGCUUCAACACGCUGAGAACCAAGGAGCAAUUAGGUUACAUUGUAUUCAGCGGCCCCCGCCGGGCUAAUGGCAUCCAAGGUCUGCGAUUUAUUAUCCAGUCCGAGAAACCGCCUCAUUACUUAGAGAGCCGUGUAGAGGCAUUCUUAAAAACUACAGAGAAGUCCCUAGAAGACAUGUCAGACGAGGCCUUCCAGAAGCACAUCCAGGCACUUGCAAUACGUCGUCUAGACAAGCCAAAGAAGCUUUCUGCUGAAUGUGCCAAGUACUGGGGCGAGAUCAUCUCCCAGCAGUACAAUUUCGACAGAGAUAAUAUUGAAGUUGGUUACCUGAAAACCCUGGUCAAGGACGAUGUCAUUAAGUUUUACAAGGAUUUGUUGGCAGUUGAAGCCCCAAGAAGACACAAAGUGUCUGUUCAUGUCCUCGCCAGAGAGAUGGAUUCCUGUCCAGUUGUCGGGGAGUUUCCAAGUCAAAACGAUGUGAAUCUUGCCCCAGCACCAGCCCUGCCUCAGCCUGACGUCAUUAACAAUAUGACAGAGUUCAAGAGAAGUCUACCUCUGUUCCCGCUGGUGAAGCCACAUAUAAAUUUCAUGGCUGCGAAAUUAUGAUCUCAGCGGAUAUAGGAUGGAGAAUCCAAACCAUGAAUCUCCCAGCACUGCCCUGUGAGCUUAUGAAUCGGUGGAAAAAAAUGUGGUUAUAAUAGUAGGAUGUUGCAAAUAGACAUUUAAUAGGAAAAACAAAGUAUCUAUUUUAUGUGGUAGGAAUUUAAUUUUCCAUUGGGGCAUGCUAUAAUUUGAGUCCUUUUAAUGGAUUGGAACCAACAUCUAUGAAUUCACGUGUUUAUAUGUAUGAAAUGUAAACCAAUGUAUAGGAAAAGUGCAAGUAUACAAACCUUUUUCAAGAGAUCUUACAUGUUCCACUAUAUUCAUUAUUUAUUAGAGAUGUAUAGACGCAGGCUUUUAAAAAGUCGAAAAGUCACCAAUUUCAAACUUUUUUCUUUAAAAGCUACAACCAGGGUAGAGAGAUACUGAUGUUGACACAAUGGUGCUGUGGGUAUCUAAUUCUUCAGUGGACCCCCUCCUAGCCAGACGGGAAACCAGAGUGGUCUGUAUAACUCCCCUGACCGCUGUAAUAUUAAACUAAAUUAACGAUCUCACAAUUCUCACUCCCAAUACAAUCAUGAUUUCCCACUUUGUCACUGUUUAUAAGGUAACUACCACUGUAGAUCAGAUCCUAUGUGUCUCCCAAGGAUGUGCGUGCAAGUCACAUGGUAUGUCAAAGUCCUAAGUCUGUCAGCCUUCGAUCUUUAAACUAAACAGGGUCACGAUUGUUUCCAAAUACCUUCUAGAACAGGGAAAGCCAAGCUACCAUGUUCCAGGUGGACGCGUACGUUCCUGUGAAAUCACUUUCUAGGUUUCUGAGGACAACUGCUUCAUUUAACUUUUUUGUUUUAGGGUUUGUUUCGACCGUAAAAACUUUCUACUGCGUGAUUCUACUCUAUGCAUAUCCAAAAAAAAUGAACUGUCAGUUUUGUUUUUUUCUAACUAGAACAAUUUAGCACAUUGUAAUCUCAAACUUCAAUA